CGGCCAGAGGCCGAGGAGGAACUUCUGUUGCGAGCUGUCGCCGUGGGCCCUCAUUGUCUGCAGGAACCCUCCGGAAUCCCGAGAGGAAGAACUGGAUUGCCCUUCCACUAGGAUUCGUCAAGAGUUCCGGCGGCAGCUGCGGCGGUCGGUUGCAGAGUCUCCCUUUGUCCUCCUAGGACCUCCCUCCCUCCUUUUCUCCCUCCCUCCCUCAGUUAGUGGAUUCCGCUACCCCAGGCGCCGGCGCUCUAGCUGCUCGCUGUCCUGCACCCCAGGGUCCCUGGCAACUCCUACCACCGUGGCAUCCCCACCGAGUCGAGCCGAGGGGGCUGCGAGCAGGACGGAGUCGCAGGCCCCUGGCCGCAGGAUGGUGGCGGGACAGUCCCUGGCCCGCAGUCCUGGGAGCUGGCUGGUCCCCGGGCUAUGGCUGCUGGCGCUCAGCGGUCCUGGAGGGCUGCUGAGAGCCCAGGAGCAGCCCUCCUGCAGAGGGGCCUUUGAUCUCUACUUCGUCCUGGACAAGUCUGGGAGUGUGGCAAAUAACUGGAUUGAAAUUUACAAUUUUGUCCAGCAACUUACAGAGAGAUUUGUGAGCCCUCAAAUGAGAUUAUCUUUCAUUGUGUUUUCUUCCCAAGCAACCAUUAUUUUGCCAUUAACUGGAGACAGAGGCAAAAUCACCAAAGGCUUGGAGGAAUUGAAACGUGUUCAACCAACAGGAGAGACAUACAUUCAUGAAGGACUAAAGCUAGCAAAUGAACAAAUCCAGAAAGCAGGAGGCUUAAAAACCUCCAGUAUCAUUAUUGCUCUGACAGAUGGUAAGUUGGACGGUUUGGUGCCAUCAUAUGCAGAGAAAGAGGCAAAACUAUCCAGGUCCUUUGGAGCUAGAGUUUAUUGUGUUGGUGUCCUUGACUUUGAACAAGCUCAGCUCGAAAGAAUUGCUGAUUCCAAGGAACAAGUUUUCCCUGUCAAAGGUGGAUUUCAAGCUCUUAAAGGAAUAAUUAAUUCUAUACUAGCUCAGUCAUGCACUGAAAUCCUGGAAUUGCAGCCCUCAAGUGUCUGUGUGGGGGAGGAAUUUCAAAUUGUUUUGAAUGGAAGAGGAUUCAACCUGGGCCGUCGGAAUGGCAGUGUUCUGUGUACUUACACAGUAAAUGAAACGUACACAAAGAGUGUAAAGCCAGUAAGUGUGCAGCUUAAUUCUAUGCUUUGUCCUGCACCUACGCUGAAUAAAGUUGGAGAAACUCUUGAUGUUUCAGUGAGCUUUAAUGGAGGAGAGUCUGUCAUCUCGAGCUCAUUAACAGUCACAGCCACAGACUGUUCUAAUGGGGUUGCAGCCAUCAUUGCCAUUUUGGUGUUACUGCUACUCUUGGGCAUCGGUUUGAUGUGGUGGUUUUGGCCCCUUUGCUGCAAAGUGGUUAUCAAGGAUCCACCUCCCCCACCCCCCCCUGCACCAAAACAGUAUGUUAAUAUUAAAUACAUAAGAAGUGGUGAGAAACCUAAUAAGCCUCAGAAGAGGAAAAAUGUAGAGUUAGCGUACGAACUCAUCUUUGUAGUGGUGAACUGA